AUGAAUGGUCAUUCUCCAACUGUAUGGGAGAGCGGUCGGACCAUGAUUAUCGGUUCAAUGGGGUUCAUUGGCCGGUUCAUCACCGAGGCCAGCCUAGAAUGUGGCCGCCCGACUUACCUUUUGAUCCGGCCCGACCUGGCUUCCCUUUCCAGGACCUCCGCCACCAAGGCUUUCAAAGACAGGGGAGCUACCAUCAUACAUGGCUCUGUCGAUGAUCAAGAUUUAAUGGAGAAGGUGAUUAGAGAACAUAAGAUUGAAUUUGUGAUAUCAGCGGUUGGUGGUGAAAGCAUAGCAGACCAAGUCAAGCUUGUCAGUGCCAUUAAGGCAGCUGGUACUGUUAAGAGAUUUUUGCCAUCUGAAUUUGGGCAUGACAUAGACAGAGCUGAGCCAGUGGAGCCAGGGCUUACCAUGUACCAAAAAAAGAGACAAGUUAGACGUUCCAUUGAAGAGGCUGGGAUUCCCUACACUUAUAUUUGCUGCAACUCCAUUGCUGCCUGGCCUUACCAUGACAACACUCACCCUGCCGAUGUUCUUCCACCAUUGGAUCGGUUCCAAAUCUACGGUGAUGGGACAGUUAAAGCAUACUUUGUUGCUGGUUCUGAUAUCGGAAAAUUUACAAUAAAAUCAAUUGACGAUGAUCGGACACUCAACAAAACUGUUCAUUUUAGACCUCUAAGCAAUCUGCUAAGCAUUAAUGAGCUUGCCUCUUUAUGGGAGGAGAAACUUGGAUACAAGCUGCCUAGAGUGACCAUCUCGGAAGACGAUCUACUAGCUGCUGCUAAAGAGAUGCUGAUCCCACAGAGCGUAGUUGCUGCAAUUACUCACGACAUAUUCAUUAAGAGCUGCCAGAUAAACUACAGCAUGGAUCAGCCAACUGAUGUUGAAGUGUGCUCGCUCUAUCCAGAUUCACCAUUUCGAACAGUUGAUGAGUGCUUCAAUGAUUUUGCAAUUGAGAUAAUCGGCAGCAACCCGAAACUAGUUAACAAGCCAGUGACCAAGAAUGGCAUCAUGAUGCCGAAUCCUAAACAAGAAGCUUUAUUCAUCACAGCAUGA